AGAGAAUAGGGGCCCACUGUAGCAGUGUGAAGGACGCCACAAAUUCCAUUUGGAGGUGCCUCUGAGUUUGUGGAAUAGACACCAUGAGAAAAAGUCACCCGCCCAAGUUGAAAAAAUUUAUAGACAAGAAAUUAUCGUUGAAAUUAAAUGGUGGCAAACAUGUCCAGGAAAUACUGUGGGAGUUCAAUCCCUUUAUGAAUCUUGUGAUAGAUGAAUGUGUGGAGAUGGCAACUAGUGGGCAACAGAACAAUACCAGAAUGGUGAUAAUUCGAAGAAAUACUAUCAUCAUGUUAGAAACCUUGGCCUUGGAAUGGAGUAUAAACAAUUGCUGUGUUCACCAGAAGAAAUCAACUGUUUCCACGUGUCCCCUCUGCAUAGCACGUUUUACUACAAUAUAAAAAUCAGAUCAUGUGCAUUUUCAUACUGAACUUCUUUGUUAAAUAAACUUUUGUAAAUAGUCAAAAUAAAUAAAAAAGAAAGCGUAAAAUAUUAAUGAGUUAGCUUUUCUACUCAGGAAUUUUUUUUUUUAAAGAGCAAAAGACUUAAUUCAAAGAAAGUAGACAGGAUAAUAAAAAUAAGAGUGAAAAUUAAUCAAAGAUCACCAAAAUAAAAUACUGAUACUUUGAAAAGAUAAAAUAAACAAAACUCUGUCAGAUCAAAAUAAAGACGGCACAAGGGUGCCUAGGGGAGCUCAGCUGGUUAAGCAUCUGACUCUUGGUUUUGCCUCAGGUCCUGAUCCCAACAGUUUGUAGGAUCGAGCCCCGCAUCGGAUUCCGCACUAACAGUGUGGAGCCUGCUUGGAAUUCUCUCUCUUCCUCUCUCUGUCCCUCCCCUGCUCAUGCUCACUCUCUGUCUUUCUCAAAAUAAAUAAACGUUAAAAAAAAGGAAAAAAUUUAUUUAAAAGAUGGCAUAAAUAAUAUUAGAAAUAAAAAAAAACAAAACCUAAACCUACAGGUGCAGAAGAGAAUAAGAGAAUGCUAGAAACAACUCUGUGGUAGUAAAUUAGAAAACAGACAAUAUGAGUAAUUUCCUAGAUAAAUAUAAGCACCAAAAGGGACUCAAUAAGAACUAGGAAAACCUGAAAAAAUCAUAUUAAAUAAAAUUAAAUAAAUUAAAUAAAAUUAAUAAAUAAAAAUAAAUAAAAUUAAAUAUUCAUAUUAAACAUAUUGAAUUAAUAGUCAAGAUACAUAUAAAAGUUGUACAGAU